AUCGAGAGUGAGAAAACAAACCGCGAGCGACGCACAUCGAUCUUGGUGCAUCGAGUUUAGUGCAUGUAGAGGUUUGUGCAUUGAGCUUAGCUGAGAUAAAAAACCGUGGACGCGCUGCGUGCUUGAGAUAGCAUUUUCCAGUUGUUUGGGAAAAAUUGCAGCCAUUUUCUUCUCUUCACAGGGAGCUUCUGAACCCCUAAGGUCUAGUUGUGGACCAUCGACAUCCAGAGCUUGAUAGGCAGAUGAUUGCUGCUGGACGGUUGCUUUCCUGUCUCGCUAAGUCUGCCCGAAGUCGUAAAGGUCAGCUAGCGAUAGUGGCAUUGACUAACCAGGUGCAAGGCUAUUCAAAAGCUCAUCGAUAUUCGUCGAGCAAGGCGUCUCUGCCUCAUCCAUUGUCACCAACCAGAGCAAGUCGGGCUUGCCUUUCUUCGAAGUUCAAGUUCCAAAGUCCGCCAUGGCUGCCGGUUAUGUACAUGGAUACGCGGCUGCAGCAGCAGUUCUGGGGCAACCCCUACUGGCAAUCCGACCUCUACGAGCCGCCUCCGCCCACCCCCAACCCGCAUCCCCCCAUCGGCCGCCUUGCGCGGCCGGGGCUCCUCGUCAUUCCGCCCAUCGUUCCCGCUCCGCUCACCCCCACCCCGGUUGUGCUCAUGCGCGAGAUCGAGCGCUACAAUAAGAAGCGGAAACGCGGAGAGGCGGAACGUCUAGCGGCGGCGCAACCCGCCGAUCGCCCCGCGGGCCCCCCGCCGCUUAACGAACUCACUGCUCCCGCUCCCAGUAUCGCGGCUCCCGCGCCUGUCAGUCGCGUCGCUCCGUUGCAGCCGCUAAAGAGCUCAACGGCGUGAUUUCUGAUUCGACUAAAAAAAGCGCCACUGCCGCUGCCACUGGCAGCAUCGAACGUGAACGUUUCCGUGGAAGGCUCGGCGAAAGUUUCGGCGAAAGCCUCCAAGCUGCUACCGGUGUCUGCGAAACAGCUCUCGUUCCGGACGUGGCUCGGCGACGACGAGAAUGCGACGACGACGGCGACAGCUGUACGACCGAGCUGCGUCUGCGAAACAGCGUUGCAGCAGUCGUCUGAUGCGAGUCGCUUGGCGGAGCUUCGCAUCGACAUACCUUCGCUUGGCGCCGCCGCUGCUAUUGGUGCUGCUGUUCCAACCGGGUCAUCUUGCGCCGAGUUAGGACACGCCACGGCGGGUCACGCGUCGCUCCAGGUCGGUUCAGUUGCCAUCGCUAUAGCCUGAUCCGUUAACUCGCGCGUCGAACUCUAGUUUUGCCCCUAGCCUCGGUGUCGAACUUCCUUGUGACCGGGCUUCUGUGACUCGGCCUUUUUUCUGGUGUUCGCUUUGCACGCGCGAGGUGGUUCUUGAUGCGCCUCUUGGCGAGGCUUAUACUGCGGAUAAGCCCCUUCCAGGGCGCCUCAAGCACCACCUCGUUUGCUCCUUAUCUUUCUGACAUGAAUAGAACUAGAAACAGCCUUCCUCUAGCGAUACGCAGGCACGCGAGCUCCAACAUUAGCUUGAGCUUCCUCUUUGUCCCUUUACACUUCAAAGAGAGUUGAAUCUGAUGUAUGUUCCUUAUUAAUACG